AUGCAGUCACUCAUAGUGUUCCUCAAUAUGGUCUGUCUAUUGGCAUUCCAAGUGAGUGCUGCCACAGACAUGGGACCCGCCGCCUUUCUCUGGCCGCCCGAUCGAGCAUGGGGAGAAGCACAGGAUAACACGGCGCCUUGUGGCUCUUCCGCCGGGGUAACAAAUCGCACAGAAUUCCCACUCACCAAUGGCAAGGUCUCUCUAGUCCUCCAAGAUGAGUCGUACAAUGUCAACUUGGCCAUUUCCUACAACAACGACCCAACAUCAAAUCGGGAUUUCACAACCCUAGUCUCCUCGUCGAAUUUCCCUGAUCUAGAUCCGGGCCACGAAUGCUAUGCUGUGCCGAACCCUCCUUCAAACAUCUCAUCUGGCUCAAAUGCGACUCUUCAACUUUCGUAUCUGUCUACAUUUGACACGGAUAAGAAUAGCACUUUCUAUGCAUGUGCAGAUAUCAGCUACGUCCCUCUUGCUUCAUUCACGACCAAUGUCCCCUGCUUCAAUGUCUCAGAGCCUACUACUUCGGGCUCGAGUAAUAGCUCGGCGAGUUCUGGCUCUUCGCGCUCCUCGGGCUCUUCCUCUGGACUGUCGGGCGGACAAAUUGCGGGUAUCGUGGUUGGAUGUGUCGCUGGUGCCGCGCUUGCUGCCGUUGCGCUGUUUGUCCUGUGGACAAGGUACCAGAGGAAAGUUCAGAGGGAUAAGGUGGUUGCUGUUCGCAUGGGAGACUGGGGAAAUAAGCCGAAGGCUGAUGACACGGGGCCUGGUGGAGUCUGA